AAACUACAACUCCCAGUAUGCCCGGACAGCCUUUGGCACUGUGCUGCUAAUCUUGUGUAUCUAACCCUAUUGCGUAUGAUCUCUAAGGAAAAAGAGGAAUUCCUAGAAAUGGCGCUGUGCAGCAGGACAUGAAGAGCUGGUAACGUUGAAAAUGUUUAGUAAACAGGAUUUCCCUCAACAUGGACAAUGAAGAAGUCCCGGAGUUUAUAAGUCCGAAGGAAGAAAUUGUCUACUGGAGAGAAUUAUCCAAGAGAUACAAACAGAGUUACCAAGAAGCACGUGACGAGUUGGUCGAAUUUCAAGAAGGGAGUCGAGAGUUGGAGGCCGAGCUGGAGACGCAGUUGGUGCAGGCCGAGCAGAGGAACAGAGAUUUAAUGGCGGAUAACCAAAGACUCAAAUACGAGGUGGAAUCGCUGAAGGAGAAACUUGAGCAUCAAUACGCACAAAGCUACAAGCAGGUGUCCCUCCUGGAGGAUGAACUGAGUCGGGCCCGGAGUAUCAAGGACCAGCUUCACAAGUACGUCAGGGAGCUGGAACAGGCCAACGACGACCUGGAAAGAGCCAAACGGGCUACAAUUGUGUCUCUGGAAGACUUUGAGCAGCGGCUGAAUCAGGCCAUCGAGAGGAACGCGUUCUUAGAGAGCGAGCUGGACGAAAAAGAGUCAUUGUUGGUGUCUGUACAGAGAUUAAAGGACGAGGCGCGAGAUUUACGGCAAGAACUGGCAGUCCGCGAAAGACAAACCGAUGGAACAAGAAAGUCCGCCCCCAGCUCUCCGACCCUAGACUGCGAGAAGACAGACUCUGCCGUACAAGCCUCGCUUUCUUUACCUGCCACCCCUGUGGGCAAAAUUUCAGACAACAGUUUUACCUCUCCAAAAGGUAUACCAAAUGGAUUUGGUACCACGCCACUAACUCCGUCCGCCAGGAUCUCUGCCCUGAACAUUGUAGGGGACCUUUUAAGAAAAGUGGGUGCCUUAGAAUCCAAGCUUGCAGCAUGCAGGAACUUUGCCAAGGAUCAGGCUUCACGAAAAUCCUACAUCCCCGGCAGCUUGAACAGCAAUAGCAGCAGCAGUAGCAGCAUAUUAAACAGCGGGACAAAGUUCUCCCAUUCGGCGCACACAACGUACUUCGAUAAAGGGGCAAUGAACGGAUACGACCCCCCGGGAAUACUAGGAUCACGGCCUGCCUCUCCCCCCGGAAUGCUCCCCCUCAGUGUAUGAGCGCAGGAGGAACCCCGAGAACGGACUCUUAUCCUUCACUCUUCACGGUUUCUCUCUUUUCUCCGAAAAAGAACAAAAAGAUUUGCUACACUUUAACCUGUUCACUGCCUGUUGGAGGGAGGCGACUCUGCUCCGCCGAGGGGGGGGGUUUACGGACAGGGAAAAAGGAGUUCAGUUGUAUUUACUUGAGCUGGAACUUGAGGCUGCGCAAAAUAUACUCUCUCUCUGCCGCCAUUUUGGAUGCUUGGUAAGCCCCACCCCUGGGACACGGCUUCUGUGUCUUCUUCCUUCCCGUGUCCUGGUUUGCUGUACUGCAGGAGAACUCGGCACAACCACUCAUAGCUUAUAAUAAGUGUGUAUUCACCUCGCCCCUCCGAGGCUUUACGACGCAGCAGGCGGAGACGGUGGACGGUCGCUGGCGUCCCACACCUGCUAAGGAUGCAUCGGGCUUUGGUCCAUAGCCUCUGACUCUAUCCUCCCCACCUCAGACCAAUAUUACAGGGUUGCAGCUCGGCUUGUGUCAAUCAGAACGUCUAUUUUUGUUUGUUUUUCUUCUUUCUCGCCCUCCCUCUUCACCACCUUUUUUUAAACAGUGUUGACAGUGUAACAUCUAUCGGGCAGUGGUGCAUUUUGGGAAAAAUAACAGUACGUGUUACUCCCCAGCCCCUCACCUAUUGUCCUGUGCCUCUAUUCCUGUGGAUGCCUAAAAUGCAAUACCUGCCCUGAUAUAUACAUAGAUGUUACAUGGAGUUGUGCCCCCUUUCCCCCCAAAAAGUAGCGCAGGGUUAGACCGUUAAGACAGCGCCAUCUUCUCUUCAUUGUCUGGAAAACCUAUAAUAUUGAAUUUAAUCGGAUUGUUGCAAUUAGAGAUGAGUGAACUUCUCGGCUUGGCGGUCGCUGACAUUUCCUGCAUAAAUGAGUUCAGCUUUCAGGUGCUCCCGUGGGCUGGAAAAGGUGGAUACAGUCCUAGGAGACUCUUUCCUAGGACUGUAUCCACCUUUUCCAGCCCUCCGGAGCACCUGAAAGCUGAACUAUCCAUACUAUAUUUAUGCAGGAUAAGUCAUCAACUGCCGAGCCGAGAAGUUCGUGACGAAUCUAAUUUACUGUAAGUUCGCUCAUCUCUAGUUGCAAUUUAUACACCAGUCACAUCCAAAGCAGCAUUCAAAACUCCAGGGCUGUGUUCACCUUAAUGGAAUACAGAGGCAUUUUUCUCAUCCGUAUUUUGCUGGUGUGAACCCACCCUAACAGGUCCUGUGGGUUACUAGUAUAGCGGACAAUGUAGCGUUUAUAUCAGGCACUAUACAGGAUGUCGGGGGUCAGUGUGUGCUAUAGUGGUAGUCAGAACACUGCAGCUUUGGUUGUGAGUGGAGUAUAAAACACGAUGUAAGGCUGUGUUCACACUACUGUCGGAUUUGAUGGGCCGAAUAAGGCUGCAUUCACACCACGUUUUUGCAAUACAGUUCCUGUCUCAGGUUUUUGAUGAAAAACGGAUUCCUCAAAGCCGGCCAAAACUAUUAUCAAAACGUGUGUACAAAUUUUAACCCGUAUACGGUUUGAAUAAUGAUGUCCGGUUGCAUCCGUUUAAAAAAAUAAAUAAAUAAAUAAAAGUAUAUGUUUUUAACUUUUCACUCCAUUAUGAAUAAAGUUUCACUUGUUUGAUUGAAAUUCCAAGAAAAAAAAACUGUGCAAAGUCAAAAACCGUAUGGUGCAAACCGGAUAGAACUGUACGCACAUACGGUUCUAUACGGUUCCCAUUGACUCCCAUGUUAAAAAACAAAACAUAUACGGUUUAAUACGGGUUUUUCACCCGGACCAAAAACAGACAAAACCGUACAAGAUGUAAAACAGAUUCAACCGGACAGAUGCAAUGUUUGGCAUACGGUUUUCAAUGGAGAGUCAAUGCAUACGGUUUUCAAUACGGUUUUCAAUACGGUUCUGUGUGGUUUUCACAUUGAAAACGUAUUCGGGAACUGUAUUGCAAAAACGUGGUGUGAAUGCAGAAUGCCGCACUAGUCUUCCCAUCAGAAUGACAGAUCCCGUUAUAAGUCAAUGGGGGGGGGUCCUUUGCAGGGGUCCGACACAGGAACCAUGGCGGUGGUAUGAACAGAGCCCAAAGAAAACAAAGCGUCUGCAGAAGUUACUCAACGUUAUAAGUUAUUCUUACCUAUCCAACGAUGCCCAAAAGUUGAGACCUCUUUUAAUCCCCCCCAAUAUGGCCGCUCCCACAUUAACCUCAUUGCCUACAGUGUAAUCAUUGCAGUAUACCAUUGCCUUGGUUUGGUCAGAAGGACAAGGGGCGUCCAUACAUGAAGCACUUUGCGCGACGCAGUUUCUUAACUGCGUUUAUUUUUGUUGCGCAAAAGCUUUAUGUACAGGCACCCUUGAAAAGAGAAACCUUCGCUAAUAAGGUGCAGGGUAUUGAUUUGGAUAAGCUUUUAUUUUUCAGUAUUGGCGCAGCAGAAGGUAAGCUAUAUAGGCCAAUUUGCACCUUUUUUUUUAAAGGAGAUCUGCAGUCCUAGACACUUAUCCCCUAUCCCCAUGAUCGCAGGGGGUCGGAACGCUAAGCCCCCCCGGGAUCUUCUGUAUGGGGGCCCUGGCUCUCCCGUUGCAGGAGGCAUGUUGGGCGCAGCAUGACGCCGCAGCCGCCAUGCCCCCUCCAUGUAUCUCUAUGCGAGAGGUGUAGAUGCAGCGUUCGUGUAUCCCUGCCUCUCCCAUACAGCUGUAUGGAGGGGACGUGUAGUCGACGUCGACCUCAGUGAGGUCGUCGACACGCGCAUUAGCCGCGCCAAUGCCGGCUCCGUCGGUAGGUCGCUAUGGGUCCCAGCAGUCAGACCCCCCGCGAUCAGACACUUAUCUUCUAUCCUAUGGAUAGGGGAUAAGUGUCUAAAACUGCAGUACUCCUUUAAAGGGGUACUCCCCAGUAAAACAUUUAUUUAUUUAUUUUUUAAUCAACUCGUUACAGAAAGUUAGACAGAUUUGUAAAUUACUUCUAUUAAAAAAUCUUGAUCCUUCCAGUACUUAUAAGCUGUUGUAUGCUGCACAGAAAUGUUUUAUUUUUGAAUUUCCUUUCUGUCUGGUCUGACCACAGUGCUCUCUGCUGACACCUCUGUCCAUUGUAGGAACUGUCCGGAGCAGGAUAUGUUUGCUAUGGGGAUUUUCUUCUACCUUGGACAGUUCCUAAUAUAGACAGAGGUGUCAGCAGAGAGCACUUUGGUCAGACAGAAAGGAAAUUCAAAAAGAAAAGAAAACUUCCUGUGGAGCAUACAGCAGCUUAUAAGUGCAGGAAGGAUUAAGAUUUUUAAAUAGAAGUAAUUUACAAAUCUGUUUAACUUUCUGGCCCCAGUUAAUCAUAAAAAAAAAUUAAAAAAAAAUAUUGUUUUCCAGGGGAGUACCCCUUUAAGGCAUUAGAGCAGCUGUUACAAAACUACAACACCCAACAUGCCCGGACAGCCAACGGCUGUCCGGGCAUGCUGGGAGUUGUAGUUUUGCAACACCGAGAGGCACUCUGCAUUCGAAAAACAUGCCUACUUCCAAAAAAAACAGCACCACACCUGUCUUAGAGGUUGGGUGUGGUAUUGCAGCUCGGCGCCAAAACUUCAAUAUCAGACACAACCAGUAGCAAGGUCUCAUGCUAUUUCUUUUAAUACAAAGGCAGCCAUGUUUUUCUACUAUGGUACAGUGGCCCGCAAGGGUCAAAAAAGAGUGGAUGAAGGUUUCUUUCCAACCAAGGCAAUUGGAAAUAAAAUGGAACCAGCAGGUGCCCACCUACAAAGUAGACAGUAGUCUAAAGAGCACUUUCAGGCCCGGACCCCCUCCCCUUACCCCGAUGGGCAUCGAUUGGUUUGAUAGACGGGUAGUUUUCCUCAUACGACCACUCCUUUUCUCUCUCUCUCUCUUGGAUUUGUCCCUCCGCACAUUAUUUUUUUUAAAGCACACUUAAUUUUAUCCUAGCCCCAAAAAAACCUCUAUCAAGAAUUCAGUCCCCUCCCGUUGUUCUUAUCGUUGGCGUUGUGAUAUGACUGUUUACAUUUUUUGUUUUUUUUUUGUUUUUAUUGUAUAUAGAUUUGUAAACAUAAUAUUUUUUUGGCCUAAGAUAUUUGUACAUAACUUGGGCUUACGUAGUUCUAUAUUUAUUGAAGAUUCUAUACGGCAUGUUCUAAGGACGGCGGACGAAAAGGGUUUCGUCACAGGCGCGGGUAAUAAUAUCGAAAAAAAAAUAAUUUAAAACCCGUCUGUGACCUUUAACGGUUUGUGUGACUGUCGGAAACGGUGGCAAUUUUGGAAAGGAAUAAAAACCAA